CCCUUUCCUCGCCUCCUCCCGGCGGCGGCGGCUACCCAGAGAGCUGCACAGCCACGGCCAGGCAGGCGCGAGGAACGGGCCUCAACCGCCGCUUCCUCCUCCUCCUCUUCCUCCUCCUGCGGGCCCGAGUCCACCAGAGGCUGGGGGCGAGGGCGACGCUCCAUCCCCGGCGGCGCGGCGACAGCACCCGCUACUCCGACUUACCCCUGGGCCCCGGCUGAGGAAGCGGCGCCGGCGCGGCCCAGCAUGCGAGUGUGAGAUGUUUCGCCCGUUGUCGUCGGCAGCAGCAGCGGCUCCUGACUGGGCCCAGGCGGCUUCGGCGGGCCCCGCGCGGCGGAUGCGACUCCGGAGCCGGCGCUUCGCCCUCCACAAACAUUUCUAUAGGACUCAUUCGCCUUGCUGAGGAGAAUAUAUAUCUAUAUAUUCUCAAUAUAUAUAUUGAGGAGAGAGAAACACAUACGCAGGACCAAAAACAAAACCCCCCUCCCCUCAUAAGAGAGCGAGAGAGAGAAGUAAGAGGCAGGCAGAGGCCUAAAGCCUCCCGAGCGGCCGUUAGUUUUCGCCCCUCAUCAAGGCUCCCCGCCCCCCCCCCCGCGCAGGCACCGACACUCACACCCCCGGGGCCCCGUUAGGUCCAUGGAGGCGGCCGGCCGAGCCCCGCCGCUCAGCGCCGCCCAGCUGGGCCGCCUGCGGGACGAGCAUGGAAAGGUGGUCACUAGCUGCCAAGAAAAAAUUCAGCACUGGAAGAAGGUGGAGAGUGACUAUGAAGCUCUUCAGGAACGACUUGGCACAUUGCCUGACAGACUCUCUUAUGAUAUCAUGGUACCUUUUGGUCCCCUUGCUUUCAUGCCAGGAAGACUGGUUCACACUAAUGAGAUCACAGUUCUUCUUGGAGACAACUGGUUUGCAAAAUGUUCAGCAAAGCAGGCCAGCAGUCUAGUGGAGCACAGAAAAAAACAUGUAAGGAAAGCACUGGAUGAUUUGCAGAAAGUCAUGAAGAACUUUGAAUCCAGAGUUGAAUUCACAGAAGAUUUGCAGAAGAUGAGUAAUGCAGCAGGUGAUUUUGUGGAUAUAAGAGAAGUUGCUGAAAGUAAUGGCACUGAAACAAAAGGAAAACACAGAAUUGCUCACAAACCUCAUUCUAAACCAAAAACAUUUGCUUUUGAGGCAAAUCUUCAAGAAAAUGGAACUGGCGAAAAAUCCAGUGAGGACUUGAAAUCAGAGGAAGACUUUUGGGCCAGACUAGAUGAACUAGAGAGACAAGAAGAGAUACUUGGUGAACUCAACAGGGUCUCUGAUGCUGUUGAGGCAAAUGGAGAAGACACUUCCUCCUCUGAAGAAGAGAGAGAAGAAAAAAAGACAGAUGUGAAUAUAGCCAAUAGGGGGGAAGAACCUAAUACUCAGGGCAACUUCCAGAAAAAAGUAACCAACUCAGAAGUGUUCAGAGAUCAGCUUAAUGGCCCAAAUCAUUAUUGCAGUGAUGAUGAUGAGGAUGAUUCAGCCAUUGCUGAGCACGCCGUACCGACAAUAUAUUUCUCUCAUACUGUGGAACCGAAAAGGGUACGAAUAAACACAGGAAAAAAUACUACUUUGAAAUUCAGUGAGAAGAAAGAAGAGGCAAAACGCAAGCGAAAGAAUAGCAAUGGCAAUGGGCACUCAGCUACAGAACUGCCCAGCAUCAAAACACCAGCAGACAUUUAUCGAGUCUUUGUUGAUGUUGUGAAUGGAGAGUAUGUCCCUCGUAAAUCAAUUUUGAAGUCUCGAAGCCGUGAGAACAGUGUUUGUAGUGAUACCAGUGAGAGCAGCACUGCUGAGUUUGAUGACAGACGAGGAAUUCUGCGGAGUGUGAGCUACGAUGAAAGUACCUACAGUGAUAACAGCGAAGGAAUCUUAGUGGAGGAAGAAGAGGGGGAGCAGGAGCAUCUUUCAAAAAAACCAUCGCCAUUAUCAGGAUUGUAUGAGGCUUUCUCGGGGACUGUUGUCGAGAAGGAGCCUCUGUCUCCUGCUUCAGCACCACACCCAGUAAUCGCUCACCCUGCCCUGCCUACCAUUCUGGAGCGAAAAUCUGAGGAAGUUCUUUCUGAAGCUUCAGAAGAAACUACAAAGAGGGUUUCAAAAUUCAAAGCUGCCAGAAUGCAACAGAAAACCUAGUUUCUGCUUAGACAAUGGAAGUUUAAAACGGCAGGCUGCGUUGAUUUGAUACUGUUCAUGUUUAGACCUCUGUUGAUGAUAUUUCUAAAAAAAAAAAAAAAAAUCGGUGAAAAAACACUUCAAAAUUAUUCUUAUUUUCUUAAUAUCCCUGUAUGCAGUCAGCACCUUUGUAUAUGUUUGCCUUACGAUAACAGCACUUGGAAUAAUUUUCAAAAGAAUAAUCUUCAUAAGGCUGUGUGUGUGUGUGUGUGUGUGUGUGUGUGUGUUUAAAUCUAAAUACAGGCAGUUUUGUACCAGAUGUGAUGUUCUACAUACCAUAUGGGUCGUUUGAAAGAAACUUUGCAACUUUCAAAUAGAGCCAACAAUUAUAUUUCAUGACUUGCUUUAGCGUUUAAGACUUGCUCAUAUCCCCCAUUGUUUUGUAGGGUUUGCUUUUAGGUGUCUGUGCUGACGAAUCAUUUCUUUCCUACUAGCAUAAAACCUCUGAUAACUUGUAUAAACUCUAUGAAACAGAACGCUGUGUUCGCGUACUUUGCAGGGAUGUUUCUUUGAUCGAAAAAAUGGUAUUUUGUAAAAUUACACUUUUCAAGUAAAAGAAAAAGAAAAAAUCUGAAAUGUUGAAA